AUUGUCCGUUUGACUUUUUUUUCUCCAAUCAACCUAAACCCCUUUUCCUCCUCACACAGCACCCUCUCUCUCUCCAACCCACGAUCUACAAAAAGAUCCACGCCCACCGUCGUCUCUCUCCGACCAGCGCUAGAGUUUCCGGCUAUCGAUCUCCGUCCGCUGCUGCUCGGUGAGGCAUGCCCAGGUACUUUAUAAUGUGGCAGGGGACAAGAAUGCGAACGAAUAUCAAUUUUUUGAUUGUUUCGAUGCUUAACUUACCUCUUUAGGAUGGAUACAGGUUGGCAACUACAGAAACAUGUAUUAUUAUGUGGGCUUUAAGAGAAUUGAAUUAGUCAUUACAUCCCCUUGUUCAGGGGUCUUACAUUGGAGCACGAAGGUAUUUUUGAGUUAUGAGGGAAGUAUUUUGAGAGAUCAAGAACUUCUUGCAGAAGAGUUCCAUUAAUGGAUAAGAUUGGACUGAGGCUGUAUACUUCAAAAACGAAGAAAAAGGGACCAAGGGUUUAAACUGAACUGAACCGACCAAAACUGGCCAAGAGUGGUUCGGUUAAAAAUCUGAAACCGAGGUAACCAACGGUGGUGAGACCAUGACUCUAUCAUCUGUACCCAAAACACUCUGUCAUUAGCUUCCUUCCCAUAGUAUUCUCCCUUAAGAGAUGGCUACACGAUCUCUUCGGGUCAAUUCUAGACGAUUACGGCCUAAAUAUCUUCUUUUUAUGCUUCUUAUGCUUGUCCCGAUCAGUGUUAUUACCAUUUUCAAUUAUGGGCAAAAAAUUUCUUAUUUCUUCCGCCCACUUUGGGACAAACCUCCCCGCCCUUUUGUGCGCCUACCACACUAUUAUGCAGAAAAUGUGUCUAUGGAACAUCUUUGUCGCCUCCAUGGCUGGUCUUUGCGAUCUGAACCUCGUCGUGUUUUCGAUGCCAUCAUCUUCAGCAAUGAGUUAGAUUUGCUUGAAAUUCGAUGGCGGGAGCUUUACCCAUAUGUUUGGAAGUUUGUAAUCCUGGAGUCACAUACCACUUUUACAGGCAUACAGAAGCCAUUACUAUUUGAUGCAAAUAGAGCUAGAUUUGCCUUUGCAGAGAAUAAGACUGUCCAUGAUGUGUUUUCUGGAAGAAUUGCACCUCGUGGUUCGCAUAGAAACCCAUUUGACCUUGAAUCCCACCAACGUGUAGCUAUGAAUGGAUUACUUAAGCGUGCAGGGAUUUCAAAUGGUGAUCUUUUGAUCAUGUCCGAUACUGAUGAGAUACCGAGCCCACAUACAGUGAAACUACUGCAAUGGUGUGAUGACGUGCCUCCUAUAGUCCAUCUUGAAAUGAGGAACUACAUGUAUUCUUUCGAGUUCCCCGUGGACUACAGCAGUUGGCGAGCCACAAUUCACAUUUAUGGCCCACAUACUCACUAUAGACAUUCGCGCCAAAGCGAACUUAUAUUCUCCGAUGCAGGAUGGCAUUGUAGCUUUUGCUUUAGGAAUAUUCAAGAUUUUGCAUUCAAGAUGACAGCUUAUAGUCAUGCAGACCGCGUAAGGCGGCGAGACUUCUUAAAUUACUCCAGGAUACAAAAGCUCAUCUGUCAGGGAGAUGACCUCUUCGAUAUGCUUCCUGAAGAGUACACCUUCCAGGAGUUGAUUAAGAAGAUGGGAUCAAUUCCGCGCUCUUCAUCGGCUGUUCAUCUUCCUGCAUACUUAAUAGAGAAUGCAGACAAGUUCAGAUUCCUACUUCCUGGAGGCUGUGUAAGAACCUCUGAAGAAAACAUCCCAGGGUUGAAUAGGCAACCGUAGGGUCCACGGUCAGUAGUUUGCUAAUUUCUAAUCUUGUCUAGCUCAUUUUCGAAGUUCAGCUCUGCCAGAGAAUGUGAAUAGCACUGCAGGCUUCUAUUUUUAGCUUACUCGCAACAGUAAUAGAUAGGAGUAGACUGAUAAUUGAUAGUUGGUGGAUAUAGACACUUGUUUUUGCUAUUAGGAAAGUGAAAAUUGUUAGCAAGAGCGAGUGAUGUUGUGGCGGUUGAUUAAUUGUUUCGUGUAUUGAAUUUUGCAUUAGAUUGCCAGACAGCGGUAGAUUGUUGUGCUGUAAUGGCCUGUACCUCUUCAUUGUUUAUCAAAAAAUGAUAUACAUUUCAUUGUAAUGGUAUUGAAUCCACUUUUACAGGAUAUGUUAUGAGAUCUUCCUACUGUUAGUAGAUGAAGAUAUUUGUGUUCAA